GAAAUUUUCGACGCUGGCAGGCCGAUAUGGCGUCGAGAAUGAGAUUCGUGUGAAAAAUGAUUAAAAUCGACUCGGAUUUUGGGCUGAACUGCCAUUACGACAAAUGAUCUUGCGGCACCUCAGUAUCCGACGAAUCAACAUGGCGGAUAGGGUGUACUCUGUGUCACCCAAGUAAGGAAAGCGUAUUUUUGACGAGAUAUCCGGCAUAAUAUCGGUUCUGAUCCAAGAAUUGAUUGAGAUCAGAAAUGGAUGAUCAACAACUUAUUGUCAUUCCUGAUGGGAAGGGGGAAGUUACUCUAUUAGAUACAGAAGGUGGGAUCUUGGUGGAACAUGGAGAGAAAAUCAUUGUCACCAUUCCAUCUGGUGGUCAGCAUGUGACUCAUGCACAGACUCAGCAGCAUGUGGUGUACACGACGCAACAAGCAGUAGUACAGCCCAGAGUAGUGUAUUCCCCCCAACCACAGCAAGUUUAUCAAGUGGCUUCAGCACAUCCACAGCAGGUGGUAUUUGCUGGGGGAACUCCAGUUCAACAACAGGUACCAAUUCUAGCCCCGCAGCAGCAAGUCCUUAUACAGCAGUCACAUACUCAAUUAUCUAGCCAGCAGUUGAUGCCAACACAGCAGCGACAGCAGCAGUCACAGCCGCUGCAGCAGUCGCAACCACAGCCCGCUCAGCAACAGCAACAACAUAUAUUUAUCACCAAUCAAGGCCAGCCAAUUAGGACGCAGUAUGUGACAGCCUCACCCCAGCCUCAAACGCAACAACAAGUGCAGCCAAAGUCAUAUGUUCAGUUGCCACAGCACCAGGUGCAGCAACACCAGCAGUUGCAGCAGCAACAAAUACAACUCAAACAGCAGCAGCAACAACAACAACAACAGCAACAACAACAGCAGCAGCAACAGCAACAGCAGAGACAGAUAGCCGUGCAAACUCAAGCACAGAUUUCCCAACCAAUUGUACAGCCUCAACAGCAACAGCAAAUCUCUCAAACUCAGAUACCUGUACUUCAGACUAGCCAGCAGCAACAAACAAAUACCAUCACAUUUUAUGAAGAGAAAGUUAAAGAUGAUUCAGGACUAGUCCACAUAGUCAGAACCCCUGUCAGCAUGGCCCCGGGUGUCCGCAGAGCAGGAACCCCAGUUAGCCAUGCUGUUAGUCCCCACACAAUUCAGCAAGUCGCACCAAUCAUGGGUGGCGUACGACCAGGAACUACCCCUCAUCUUGCAGUUAGCCAAGGUCCAAGACUACAACGAAGCACACCCAUUCAUCGUCCGCCAAAGCCCGUAGUACAGAACCAAGAAGAACAACAGCAGCAGCCACCAUCAUAUCAGGGUGCCUUUUUGAAACAAAUUGAAAACAAGAUACCCGUGCAUCAGAAGGUUAUUGCUCGAAGCAAAGGGACAAAACCAUCUGCUCAGCAGCGAAGAGCUGUUUCACAGCAGCUUGGAAAUGUUACACAACAGCAACAGCAGCAGCAGCAGCAGCAACAGCAACAGCAGCAGCUGCAGCUGCAGUCUAGACAGGUUACAGGAAUACCUCAGGGUCGAACCAUAAUUGCCAGUUCAGGACCUGCUUCCAAUGAGAUUCAGCAGCAGGCAACUGACAUUCAGAUUCAGAAUGCUAGUCCAAGUAAAAAAUUAUCGUUAACGGAAUACAGAAGUAGACAGAAAGUGUCCCAAGAUUUGAAGCAGCAGCAACAGCAGACAACCAACACCACUAUUGUUGCUCAAGCCACACCCCAAGCAAUUGGGGAAGAAGUCAGAAUGGUACCUGUGUCAGUCAAUGCCAAUAAUAGGCAGCAGUAUUGCUUCCUUCAACAAAGUGAUGGGAAGAAGUACCUGUAUCCAGUAGAUAUGAAUAUGAAAGUCUCAAUCUGCACUCCUUCUACAGCUACGUCAGCUACAACAACCAUUUCCAAGCCUCCCCAGCUAGCAACAAAUAAUAGUCCAGUUUUAAUAGUCAAACAAGAUGGAGAAGGAAUGAGAUCAAGUUCAUCACCAGUACAACCACAGUCAUCUCUCAACUCCCCUUCACCCUCCCCAACAAAAAUCAUCUCGUCCGGAAUAUCUACCGCAAAACCUCCAAUCCAAGAGCAGCCUGUUCAUUCCACUGCAUCUCCUGAAGAGUCAGACAAAGAACAGAAUGAGAAACCAGUCUAUGUACAAGGAAGAGCUGCUUUAUGCUCGCAUUGUGGCAUAGUAAGUGAGGAUCUCGUUCGAUGCCAAAGAUGUAACUUCCGUUUGCCAGCUAAUGUUCGCACUGUGAGCCAUCCAAAUGCAAUUACAAGUACCAAGAAUAAUGCUUUAGAAACACAUGUGGUUAGUAGAGGAGUAACCGUUACAACUCAAGUUGGAAAACAAGAGUUCUAUGGGAAGACAGGUGGUGGUUUAAAGAGAGUUGGGGAUAAGAGGGGAGGAGCUUCUCCUGCGCAGAAACCUAAGGGGAGGUGCAGAGGAAGAGGAAAAAUCUAUGAAGAGCCAGAAAUCGUAUCCUUAUCUUCUGAUGAAGAUGAAGACAAAAAGCCUAGUAGUUCAACAGGUGCUCACGGAAUGGGAGGUGCAAAUGGAAGAACAUAUUCUAGGUUGCCAAAUCGUGGCCCACCUGAACCUAUUAGUCAUAAGGAACCUAUUAUUACUGAAGAUAUGGAGAACUUUGAAGAUGCUGUGGAGCAGGAUGUUGGUGGUGCUGUUACAGGUGGUGGUUUGCCAGAUAUUCAAAGUAUCACAGAUGGCACCCUUAAAGGACCUUAUACGUCCAUCCACUGCAGGAGCAUUCGAAUAGGCUCUUAUAAAGUGAUGCCUAGAGACAGAAUGCUGAUAAUGCCACAGGGCAUUAAGAUUAAAGUUCCAUCUAUUUUAGGUGAGUUUUACAGGACGUCUUUGGCUUGUAUAAUUCUAAUGUUUGUGACUUUUGACAUUCCAAUCAAGAGUAUAGUUAAAGUCUUGGCCCAUUUUGGAAAAUCUUUACCGGUGUUUUUUUUGUAUAUGAAACCAUCUCUAGCUGAAUCAAUAAGAAGAACAUUGAAGAUGACAGAUAGAAAUGGAUUAUAUUUUGACCCUUGCAGUUAUGAUGAAGCCCAUAAACGCAUUACAAUCCUGCCAGAUAGGAUGACUGCAACAAACAAAAUGAUGAUCAGGAUAUUCUUAACCAUGACGUGGAGCACAUCGAAGGGAAAACUGGAGGAACUUGACAUUAAGGAAGCUAAUGAAAUCCUUAUCAGGUCAUCACCAACAGAGGUUCAGUCGUAUGUUAGAAAACCUGUUGGGUCAUCUCCAUCUGAAACCAAAACGAUAAUAAUCUAUCCCCCACCGCCACAGAAUGGUGGAAUCUCAAUAACAACAGAUGACUAUGCCUGUCUUGAAGAGGAACAGUUUCUCAAUGAUGUUAUUAUUGAUUUCUAUUUAAAGUGGUUGCUACAAAGUAAACUGUCUGAAAUACACAGAACACGAACACAUGUUUUUUCAACCUUUUUCUACAAACGCCUUACUUCCAAGCCAAAGAAAGGUCGCAGACCACAUGCCAUUGAGGAUGAUCCCAAAUUGUCUGCAGCGGAGAAAAGACACUCCAGGGUGAAAUCCUGGACAAAGAACGUCGAUAUAUUUGAGAAAGAUUUUAUUGUUAUCCCAAUCAAUGAACAUGCUCAUUGGUUCCUGGCCAUCAUUUGCUAUCCUGGUUUGAGUGGACCCAUUCGAGUUUCUGAUGGGCAACCUAUUUCUCGUACUGUAGUAGAGAGGCCGAGGAAACGAAGGUCAACUCGCCCAAGAAAUAGAAUAGAACAGAUUCCCAUCAUUGAUGAUGGUGAAUGGAGUGAUCGAGAUGAAGCCGAAGGGGAGGAAGAUGAACUUGAGGAAGAUGAUGAGGAAGAGGAACCUACUCCAAGUAAGAAAUCAAAAGUAGAAGGAGAACCCUCUGAAGAGAGUGAUCAGACAAGUACUGAGAGUAAUACGCCACAGUCUGUAAGACAGCCAUGCAUCUUGAUUUUUGAUUCCCUAUCGGGAGCCAACAGAGUUCGUAUUGUUGCCACACUAAGAGAUUAUCUCACUGUAGAGCACAAAGUGAGGAAGAACUCCGAAAAAUUGUUUAACCGUGAUACCAUGAAAGGUGCUUGUCCACGUGUCCCUCAACAGAUGAAUUACUCAGACUGUGGCAUUUAUACACUUCAGUUUGCUGAGAGCUUUUUUGAACACCCUCUGAAAGAUUAUACAUUCCCAAUCCGAACUCUUGGUGAGUGGUUUCCACAAGAAGUAGUGAGAGGCAAACGAGAGGCAAUAGCAAAGUUAAUAAAAUCGUUGAUGGAACAACACAAUCCUAACCAUGAAUCAAUUAUCUUGCCAGAUAUUUCAUUUGGCUCUGAAGACCGUAAAGAUCCAGGUACUGGAAGCGACACAGCUACACCUGUUACAUCCUCUGAAAAUAAACUUUCUCAACCAAAUCAAGAUGAUGAGGAAGGUCCUUCUCUUGAACGUGAUGCUGGUGAAACAAAGUAUGAUAGUUCUCAUUCGGGAAAAGAACCCUCUGAUGGUAUUGCCAAAGACCACUGUGAUGGUUCAGACAAUGUUCAUGGGUCAUCAAAGUUUAGUGAUGAGUGCAAAUCUAGUUCUCAUGUAUUAAAAAUGUCUGAUGUGAAAGAUGAUGGGGUGAAUAAUGUUCCUGGGAGUACAAUCAAAGUAGUGCCAAAUAUGUCUACAGCAGAGAAUGCAUCAGAAACACUAAGAAAACCUGUUGUGUCUGUGAGCCGUAUUGGGUCUAGUAGUGUUGGGCAUAUUAAUUCAAAAGGGCUGCAACAGUCUCUAAAAGGAUCUUUAAGCUCUCUUCAAGGAAAACGAAACACCCAGGUGAAUACCAUUUUAAAAGAUCUUAUUUAUGAAAGUGAUGAAGAUAUUUUUCCUAAGAGAGAGAAAAAAAAAGUGGUUGGAAAAGGAAAUGUGGGUAGUGGAAAUAGUCUGACUUUGUUGCAGGAGGAAUAUGGUCAGGAGGAUGAUUUACUGGAUGGAAAUUCAGAUGAGAGUAGUAGUAAUUAUGUAAAUAUGGUUGGAAAUAGUGGUCUUGUGCGAGUAUCAAGUAAUAACAGCUCAACAAUGAAAGUAGAAAGAGUUGUAUAUAUGUCUGAAAAAAAUGGUGUCACCGAACAAAUGGUUAGUCAGGUGAGAACUGUGAAACAGAGUCCUGCAACUUAUGAAAACCGGGCAAAAUUAAUAAAUGGAACCUUUGAAAGGGGAAACCAGAUGGUCCAGAUGGUUCCAAGUGCACAAGAGUUAUCUACUGCCAAUAUUGGAGAGAUAUCGAAAGAUUUUAAGGUUCACAGUCAGAUGACUUCCAUAUCUCAGAAACAGGGUUUGUCUGUUGUGAAUAAUACUAAUUAUACAUUUCGAAAUGUAUGUACCAAGUCCUCCCUUUCAACUACAGUGCAGUCUCUGUCACAGAAACUGAGUUCACAGUAUCAGAAAGAUGUUGAUGUAAGUUUACCAGUUAGCUCUACAUCAAAUUACAUGGAUUCAGAUAGUGGUGUAAAGACUGUUGAAACUUCAGGAGGCACAAGUAUCAUUGAUGAAGACACUGAAGAAGUCCUUUUUAUCAUGCCAGUCGCAAAUAACACAGGUAACCAGUCAAAGUCAAGACUACAGCCAGAUGAAGAAGGAAGUUUAUCUGGGUCUCCAGUUGUGAGAUCAACAGCAAUGUCGGUUCAAGAUCUGGACGUGCGAUCUGUUGGUAACAGAAGAUUGGCUGGAGUAUCUGGUUCACCCCCAAGAGCAGGCUCUUCAUCUCCAACAUUUUCAGGAUCUCAAAGUGUGUUUAGGUUAAGUGAAAGGGUGUCAUCUUCUGGCAGGACUAUUGCGCCUCCAAAACGCUAUUUGGAGGAGGAUGAUGAAGUUUUCCAGAAAAAGCGUCGUGAUAAACCUAUGCCUGGAAAGACUCGUGUCGUUAGAUAGGAAACUGUUUGUCGAGCCUGAAUAUUGAAUUAGCAAGACUUAUUGGGUAGGGGUGGCGACAGGGAAUAACUCGUGAGUGUAUAUACAUGUGCUGUGUAAUUAAAGGGAGUGUAAAAUCGGUUGUUAUUAGAAGCGAUGUGAAAUUUUGGGUUGUUUUAAUAGGUAUUUUCAUGAUUUGGCUCAGAAAAGCAAGAAAAUCCACUUUUAAAUUGUCAGACAAUAUCUUUUUGAUGUUGUUCUGUUGAACUGCUUUACACUAAUUUGUGAUGAAAUCUGCCAGAACAUAUCUUGGACACAGGCAGUAGAAAUUAAAUGGAAUUUGUUAUCCUCUUAUAAUGGUUUUUAUGAACAGGUUAGUCAGAGAAAUUCUCAGGAAUGUGGUGAACAUAUAAACCUGUUCAGAAUAUAUUCCUUGUACAAAGUGAAAACCAUUUUUUUUUAUAUGUUCUGUUCGAAUAAAUGUUACCAUUUAAGUUAUAUCUGAGCAGGAUUAGGAUUAAGAGGUUUUUUUUUAUAGCUUGUGUUCCUCACAAGGCAAAUAUUUUGUUAUUGAACCAUAUUGGUGCUUAUAGUGUGUGUGCGCGUGCGUGUGUGUGCACGCAUGUGCGUGCAUGAGUGUGUAAAGUCUGAUGGAAUAGGUAAAUGUAAUUUUGAAUCUGGACUCGAAGGCACACACACAGGAUUCCUGUUAGUUUCCCACAUAUUUAUUUUGUGAAGUGGGAUUUAGUUGAAUCCAAAGACAAGACAUUUUGUAAAUGACAUCAUAUGAUCACCUUCAUUUUAUCUUGGAAAAGUUGACUAUAAAAAACAUAUAUUGUGAAUUGCAAGUAGCAAUGUCCAUAACAAUUAGUGCCAGUGUUGUGAUCUAGAGAAUCCUAUUAUGUUAUGUUGGACUGUGCCAGAAUAUUCCGGUUUGAGAAGUGAAGAGCAUUGAAUUUGUGGUGAUGAUAUCAAUAAUUUGAGGGUUUUAAUUGUUAUCUUCAUAUGAGACUUUAACCAAUUUAAAUAUUGUAAGCUAGAACCUCAGCCAAGCACAAGGAAAUUUGGCUGCCUAUAUGGAAAAGUUGGUAGAUGUUAUGCAGAACUCCUACAGGGUUAAAUAAAAGUUGGUCCCACAGUAUUCCUUGUAAAAUAAAUUUUGGGAGUUUUAACACUCCUUACACUGUAACUAUCCCUGCUGUAUGAAUGCAGUUUAUUUCAUAAUAAAGGAUAUUUUUUCUGUA